AUGGACGACGCGGCGCCGGCGUCGCCGUCGACACCGUCGGCGGACGCGACAUCAUCUUCCGAGACCCCACCCGUCGGCGGAUCCCCCGGCGUGGAUCCCCCGACGCUUCCUCUCGGCACGCCGCGGACGCCCGACGCCGACGUCGCGGCCGCUCGCGCGGAGACGGAGCGACUGAAAAAGUACAUCGCGGGACUGGAAGCGAAGCUGAGGAAGCAGCAGCACGACGGCGACGGCGGGUUCUUCGACGCGUUCUACGGCCUCGCGAACGAUUCCCUCAAAGCGGUCGGGUUGGCUUCCCCGGGCGGCUCGCCGGCGUCUCCCGCGAACUUCGCGACGAUCAAAUCGGUGACGGAGAAGCUCACGGAAGCGCUCACGCGCGUGGAGGACGAGAACGCGAAGCUGCGCGCGAGGUUGAAGAAGUGCGCCGCGAUGUCGUCGUCGGAGGCGGCGGCGGCGGACGCGCCGCCGACGCCGGAAACGUUUCACAGCGCCGGCGACGGCGACGGCGACGCGUCCGCGUCCGUGUCGCGUCGCCCUCGCGCUGACGAGAGCGAGAGCGCGGGCGAGAGCGAGAGCGCGGACGAGGAGGAUUCGAGCGACGACGCGUCGACGCCGGUGAGCGUGGAGAAGGAGGUCGCGCGGAUCGAGCGACGCGCGAGGGAAUCGAGCGAACUCGCGGACGCGCGCGCGGAGAACAAGCGACUGCUCUUCGAGCUCCAAGCCGCGCGACGGAAGAUCGCGGACGUCGAGGAGAAGCUGACGUACUGGGGCCUGGAACCGAACGCGUCCGACGGCGGCGCUGCCGCCGCGGCAGCGGCGGCGUCCGCUCCCGGGGACGAGACCUUGGUCACGAUGGAGACCGAGGACGCGUCGGAUUGGAGCGCGGAGGCGACGGAAGAGGACGAGGACGAAGCCGCCUCCGGUUCUUCCGACGAAGCGACGGAGCGGGCGGAGGGCGAGGCGGAGGAGGAGCGAGUGGAGUUGGAGAUGGAGGAGAACGGAGACGUCGCGGACUCGUCCUUCGUUCGCGACGCGCCGUGCGCAUCGCCGCGCGCGCUCGAGCGCGACGACGACGCGACGACCGCGACCGCCGCGGACGCGGACGCGAACGUCGCCGCGUCGUCGCGCGCGCGCGCGUUUCUCUCCUCCGCGGUUCGCGCGUGGAGAACGUCGCCUCGCGCGGUGAAAAUAGGCGCCGCGGUCGCGGUGACCGCGGGCGCGACGUACGCGCUCAUGAGACUGUCCAAGACGGCGUCGAGACCGGCGGACUCGAGUGCUGCGACGGCGACGGCGGCCGCGUUCGAGGACGCGCGGAACGCCGCGGAGGAGGGCGUCGGCGGCGUCGCGGCGGCGGCGCCGCCGUUUGAAGCCGCGGACCAGCGCGAGCGCGCUGCGGUCACCGCCGUGUUCGUGAACAUGUUGCGAUAG